AUGAUCAGGGGAAGUAUCCGACUCUCUGUGUCUGGGAGCAGUUAUGGCCAAAAGAUUUCCUUUACCUCUGUGGAGAAUGACAAUCCAUUCUCCAUUCGCAGGAAUUAUUCAGGGACUAGUCAACUCUAUACGUCUUCUGAUCAAACUCUGAAAUCCUACGAUGCUCUACCCGGAGACUGGAGGAACAACUGGGUCAGCGCCUAUACCUUUUGGAAAAACGAUGGGAUCAGAAAUAUGCACAACCUCAUGUUAAAGAACUUCAAGAAGUAUGGUCCGAUUUACAGGGAAAGAAUCGGUCACCACAAUAGUGUAAACAUUAUUAACCCUGAAGAUGCUGCAACUUUGUUUAAAUCUGAGGGCCUGUUUCCAGAGAGGAUGAAGGUGUGGCCCUGGAUGGCUUACAGGGACCAUAGAAAAGAAAAAUACGGAGUCCUAUUGAAAAGUGGGGAGGAAUGGAGAAAAGAUCGACUCAUUUUAAAUAAAGCACUGAUUUCACCCCAAAUCAUCCAAAAGUUUGUGCCUCUUCUCAAUGAAGUGGUGCUGGAUUUUGUGUCUACGGUUUAUAAACAGAUUGAGGACAGUGGGAGAGGUAAUUGGACAGCUGAUCUCUCAAACGAUCUCUUCAAAUUCGCACUUGAAUCUGUUUGCCAUGUAUUAUAUGGAGAACGUCUUGGCUUACUGCAGGGUCAUCAUAACCCUGAAUCGCAAAAGUUCAUUGAUUCAGUUACAUUGAUGUUCAAAUCCACAUCACCAAUGCUUUAUAUUCCACCUGGACUGCUGAGAUCAAUCAAAUCAAAGGUCUGGCAAGAUCAUGUUGUUGCUUGGGAUACCAUUUUUGCACACGCGAAUACCUGUAUACAAAAAACAUACAGGCAGUUCCACCUCAGAUCCAAAAAUGACAAAGAAUAUUCCGGAGUUCUAACAGAUCUACUGUUGCAAGGCAUGCUACCCCUAGAUGACAUCAAAGCGAGUAUCACAGAGCUUAUGGCAGGUGGAGUUGACACAACUUCUGUGACUCUAUUAUGGACUAUGUAUGAGCUUGCCAAAAACCCCAAUGUGCAGGAGAAUUUACGCAGUGAAAUUAUAAAGGCCAAUCAAAAAACAGAGGGUGAUCCACUACAAAUGUUGAAAUCAGUGCCACUGCUCAGAGCUGCACUGAAGGAAACACUGAGGCUUCACCCAGUAGCUGUAACAUUACAGCGAUACACAAAUGAAGACACUGUGUUGCAAAAUUAUCGAAUACCUGUUGGGACUUUAGUGCAGGUGGGAUUGUAUGCAAUGGGAAGAAACUCGGAGAUAUUUUUUAAGCCAGAAAGGUACAACCCAGAAAGAUGGCUGAACCAGGAAAGUAACUACUUCAAAAAUCUUGGCUUUGGAUUUGGACCACGGCAGUGUAUUGGACGUAGGAUUGCAGAGGCAGAAAUGCUGCUCUUUCUAAUUCAUAUGGUGCAGAACUUCAAAAUUGAAACAAGUAGGCUGGUUGAAGUGAAAUCAACUUUCGACCUCAUCCUUAUCCCAGAGAACCCCAUCAUGCUAAUUCUAAAGCCCAUUGAGUGA